AUGUUGUGCAAGAACACCUUCCUUGUCUUCCUUGUGGCGCUGCUGCUCUCAUGCAGCUCCAUGAGCAGUGCAGCGCGGCACCUAGAGGAGGCUGUGCCCAAGAAGGAGAAUCCACCACAUCCGAUCGUCACGGAGCUGCCAAAGCCCCAACUCCCGCUGCACCCUGCCAUGCCUGAGCUGCCAAAGCCUGAACCACCGCACCCUCUCGUGCCCGAAGUGCCACACCCCGUGGUGCCGGAGACACCAAAGGAGCCUGAAGUGCCACACCCCGUGGUGCCGGAGAUGCCAAAGCACGAGCUUCCACCACACCCUGCUAUGCCCGAGCUCCCCAAGCCUGAACUGCCGCAUCCGGCUGUGCCGGAGGUGCCAAAGGACACUGAAGCGCCACACCCCAUCGUGCCAAAGGAGCCUGAAGUAACACACCCCAAGGUGCCGGAGGUGCCAAAGCAUGAGCUGCCACCGCACCCUGCUAUGCCCGAGAUCCCAAAGCCUGAACUGCCGCAUCCGGUUGUGCCUGAGGUGCCAAAGGAGACUCAAGGGCCACACCCAAUCGUACCGGAGGUGCCAAAGGAGCUCGAUCUGCCACGCCCUGUCAUGCCGGAGGUGUCACACCCUGUCGUGUCGGAGGUACCAAAGGAGCCUGAGCUGCCGCACUCUGCGAUGCCAGAGUUGCCGAAGCCUGAAGUGCCACACCAUGGCGUGCCAGAGGUGCCAUCGGAGCCCCAUGUGCCGCACCCUGAGGUGCCGAAAGAGCCCGAGUUACCGCACCCUGCUGUGCCAGAGGUCCCGAAGCACGAAAUGCCGCCGUUCCCCAAAGCCGAGCUGCCCCCGAAGCCCGAGUUCCACUUUCCGGAGCCAGCGGCCAAGCCAUGA